CCAGAAUUUGCGUGGCCCGCGCGGUAGUUCCAAGAAAGAAGCCAGCCCUCCGACGGUCAGCCGCACUAGGCUCCGCACUCUUUAGAGAGCAGCCAAGUCGGCUUUGUUUCUGGCUAGCUCCCUUACCAUUUUGAAAAUGGCAGGGGGGCUUUCCGUAGAAUUGCAGCCCUUCGAAUCCCCAUCCCUGUCCGCUUGUGCCAACGCCAACCGCGCCAUUCGUGGCAUUUUUUGGCUUCGUUGGGUUGUUCCAACCGUGUCAUUCGUGCCAACCGUGCCAACCGCCAUUCGUGUUAUAAGCUGUUCUGUUAUAACCUACAUUUUGGAUGAACUUGCCACAACAUAGCAAUC